CAGAAAACAAAGCGUCAGCAUCCUGAAGAAUAUGUUAUAUGAAGCUAAAUUGAGGGGGAAAACUCAGAAUGGCGGUUUGUCGCUUUACAGGCUAAAUCAUCCGAGUCGUCUUGCCAUCACGCAUCGAUGUGGAUGACUGCUUACUGUGCUUGUAGCAGUUACAAGGAUUAGACCCAUUAGGGUCCAUAACGACAAACUGGUAGUGCAAACUCUUGAGCAAGCUACCACCGAUGAUCAUCGAAGCCAUUUGCGUGUGUUCAACGCCGCUCUACAACUUAACCUCCUAUAUUAACUGAAACUCGCCUCAGGGGCGAAGCUAGGCCAGUAGAGGCCCUUGUGUGCACUAAUGCUACAACGUCGGUCACAGCAACACACCCCAUCCACAAGUUCAGCUGUUUAAAUCACUAUUCGAUUAUCGACUAUGGGCUACAACACUCCUGAAGAAAUCACGCAGAUCCAUGCCAAGCUAACCGCAACAUUCCGGUCUGGCGUCACUAUCCCUCUUGCAUAUAGGCGUCAACAGCUCUUACAGCUUGCACGGCUUGCACAGGAGAAUGCCGAGGUUAUCAUGACCUCGUUGAAGGCUGACCUAGGACGUCACAGACUGGAAGCGGCUCUUCCAGAGGUUGGCCCUAUAGUGGCUAGUGCCCUUCUUUCUGCUGCAAAACUCGAAGAGUGGACAAAGCCCGAGAAACCAGAAGUUGAAGAAUGGCGUAGCUCUUGGGACACCACUAUAUAUAAAGCACCUAAAGGUGUUGUGGUGAAUAUCACUCCUUGGAAUUACCCAUGGGUUAUUUCGUUGUUGCCUCUGGCUGGUGCUAUCGCCGCUGGUUGUACAUGUCUCAUCAAGCCGUCAGAGCAUUCCCCUAAUUGCUCGCAGUUAAUGGCGGACCUCUUCCCGCGCUAUCUCGAUCCCAAUGCAUACGCUGUUGUUCAGGGUGCAGCUCCAGAGACUACUCACCUUCUCACACUCAAAUGGGACCACAUAUUCUACACUGGGAGCACAGCCAUUGGCCGUAUAGUGGCUACCGCGGCUGCCAAACAUAUCACUCCACUAACGCUCGAGCUGGGAGGCAAAUCAUCCGUCGUCGUCGAUGGUGACAACACAGAUCUCGAGAUUGCCGCCAAACGAAUUUUGUGGGGCAAACAACAGAAUGCAGGUCAAGUCUGUGUUGCACCCGAUCAUGUCUACGUUCCGCGCAAACACCAAGAUGCUCUUGUCGCGGCUUUCAAAAAAGCAUAUGAGACGUUCUGGCCACACGCAAAGGGUGCGCUUGAUCCAGCGGCUGAGAUUAGCCAUAUGGUAAACGAGACCCAUUAUAAUCGCAUUCGAGGCCUUCUACGCGAUACAAACGGUAACGUCGCUGUCGGUGGAUCGGCGGGGGAUAAUCUACGGAUCGAGCCUACUAUUGUGAAGGACGUUGAUCUUCUUGAUCCGUUGAUGGAACAGGAAAUAUUUGGUCCUGUCAUUCCUAUUGUUCCUGUGGACGACAUCGAGAGUGCCAUCACUCAUAUACAAGCAGGCCCCAUUCCUCUGGUCCUUUAUAUAUUCACAAACAGCGAUGAGACCAAAGAAAAGUUUGUUCACAGGACUCAAAGUGGUCAACUCAUCCUCAACGACACGUUCGCCCAACUUGGUGUGUACGAGAUUCCGUUUGGCGGGCAGGGCGAUUCAGGCUAUGGCGCGUACUUCGGGAAGCAUUCAUUCGAUGCCUUCACUCAACGCCGAGGUUCCAUCAAUGUUCCCCUUGCAGCUGAGCCGUAUAUGGGUCUUCGAUACCCCCCCUAUUCUGAGGAGGCAUUCCAGGCUCUUACUGCACAAGCCCAAAUGAAAAUACCUGACGCCUGAGCCAUGAACGGUGUAACGUUUCAUAACAUUGUUAGGGAAUGUAGUAUUAAAAAUAAUGAAGUUAUAAAUGCU